UUACUUUUCGGCAUUUUCAUAUUCGGUGAUAACAUUUGCGUGAUUUUUUUCGAUUAAAUCGCAAAUCAGUGUUUUACUUAAAUUAUCAGUGCUUUUAGUUUCGCCUUUUCAACAUCCAUCAUCGCGGUAAUUGUUUGCGAGUGUUUCGGAAAUGGCAAUGCUCGAAGGUACACUGUCGAAAUGGACAAAUGUAAUGAAGGGCUGGCAGUAUCGCUGGUUCGUGCUGGAUGAGUAUGCUGGGUUGCUGUCCUACUAUACGUCAAAAGAAAAAAUGAUGAAAGGAGUGCGCAGAGGUUGCGUUCGAUUGAAAGGAGCUGUAAUUGGAAUAGAUGAUCAGGAUGUGAACACUUUUACGAUCACCGUAGACCACAAAACCUUUCAUUUCCAAGCACGAGAUGCCGACGAGCGAGAAAAAUGGGUCCGCCGAUUAGAGGAUACUAUACUGAGGCACGCGAACCGCAGUCGGGCACUGUGGGAGCAACAGUAUAAUGCCGGAAGUGGUAGCAGUUCGCACGGAACCCCAGGCUCCAGCACAAAGCGAGCAAAUAACCUAGUAUUGUUCGACGCGAAAGUCAGCGAAGCGGAUGCAUAUCUACAGCUUAUGAUCGAGCAGACAUUGAAAAUUAGCAGCAGGAUACAGUCGUUAGGUGAAAGCAAAGAAGCAGAAAAGUUGAAAACCAUCUUCGAGCAUGCAAACGAAAUGUUAGACCAUAUCAAGCAUUCCAUAGUGUUACUUCAGAUCACGAAGAAUACUGCGAAUCCGAUAAACGGUAUCUACCAGGGUCCGGUUGUGAGCAAAUCGGAAACGGAAACCGAAGCAAGCGACACCGAUUAUGCGGCCGUCGUGACGCCGGCCUUGGUGCAGACUGGCAUCGAAGUAGGAUCCGAAUGCCGAGAAAACCGGCGACGAAGCAACUUAGUCCAUUCUUCGAUUACUGUUCCGGAAACUUCCUACUCAAGUUCGGAGGGAGAGGACGAUUUCUUCGACGCAAACGAUGAUCCAUUCAGUUCUAGUCAGUUGAACACGCCAACAAGCAACACCCGAACGCUUUCCGAUCCGAUUGCUCGGCUGUCAGCUAAUGAACACUUUGUUACCGCCGAGGACAACACUAGCAACAGUGUCUCGCUCAAGAAGCAGGACAGCAUCGAAACAUCCGCCGCGUCUGCUAUUCCGAAUGAUGUCGGUUAUAGUGGUGGCGGCAGUCGAAAGUCACUGCCAAUACGAAACGAUGGAAGCCUGGAUUACGAUGCCUUAUACGAGGACGAAUCGGACAACGAUCUGUCGAUGGAGUCGCAUGGUUCCGUGGUGACACAUCUACUAUCACAGGUGAAGAUCGGCAUGGACCUGACGAAGGUAGUUCUACCGACGUUCAUCCUGGAGCGACGCUCACUGCUGGAAAUGUACGCUGACUACUUUGCACAUCCGGAUCUUUUCUUGCGGAUUGCUGACCUCAAGGAUUCACGCGAGCGAAUGAUACAAGUGGUUCGCUGGUACCUUAGUGCUUACCAUGCCGGUCGAAAGAGUUCCGUCGCCAAGAAGCCCUAUAAUCCCAUCCUAGGUGAAGUGUUUCAGUGCCACUGGGACACACCUGAAAUGCCAACUGGAGACGAUAACUCCAAUAUAGAAGUAAUAGACGGACCGGUACCCUGGUGUCGUAAAGACCAAUUAACAUUUAUUGCUGAACAGGUCUCGCACCACCCUCCAAUUUCAGCGUUUUAUGCUGAACAUUAUAACAAAAAAAUUAGCUUUUCGGCACAUGUUUGGACAAAAUCGAAAUUUUUAGGACUGUCGAUUGGUGUGCACAACAUCGGCCAAGGUACUGUGACAUUGUGCGAUCUCAACGAAGAGUACAUCGUAACCUUUCCGAACGGCUACGGACGAUCGAUUCUGACUGUUCCAUGGAUAGAACUUGGAGGUACCGUAACUAUCACCUGUCCGCAGACGGGAUAUCAUGCUGACAUUGAUUUUCUUACGAAACCUUUCUAUGGUGGGAAACGGAAUAAAAUUCAGGGCGAGAUUUAUAGUCCCAACGAUAAAAAGUCGUUCGUUUCGAUAACUGGUGAGUGGAGCGGCCUAAUGGAGUACAAAUUCAACGACGGUGGCAAGCCAUCCAAGUUUGAGACAUUUGUCGACGUGAACAGCAUACCUAUAUUCAAGAAGAAGGUACGCUCUGUGGGUGAGCAAUCCGAAUUUGAGUCUCGAAAUGUGUGGAAGGAGGUUACAGCCGGACUGAAGAUGAACGAUAUCGAUAAAGCAACGAAUGCAAAAUUCCAAGUAGAACAGAAGCAACGCGUUGAAGCUCGCGAGCGGAAGGAAACCAGUGGUGAAUGGGAAAAUAAGUAUUUCAAAGCAGUUGGAGAUUCUUGGAUCUACAACAAACCACUGCUACAUAGACUAACUCUGGAGAACCGUGACAACAAAAGAUAGCAAUCUAACGAGAACAACUGCAGUACUAUUAACAGUUCUAACAAAGAUAGGCAUUAAAGAUAGACUACGAGCUACACUUGUUACAAAUGACAGUCGUUUGGAAUAGGUAAUCAACUGUGGUGUAGUGAACAAAUAAUAGUAUAAUAGUUAAAUUCACAGAUUGUUGGGCUGCAUAGUUUGAUGUAUCUAAAUUAUUUGCAUACAACAUUUAUUUAUUCAACUUGUGUUGAUCGAAUAAAUUUCUAUAUGCAUUUAAAAAUGAUAACCUGAUACACUCAUCGAAAAGAGAAUAAUUUUUCAAGGUAAAUAGCCUUAGGCUAAAAGUUAUUAGAGAUGUAAACACGCACGUUCAGUUUAACAUUAGCCAUACACAAAUCGUAGCUACAAUACAUGUAAUCUGCCGAAACGUAUCACGGCGUGCCCUGCGUAUUUGCAAUCCACCAAAACGUUUACCAACGGUACACAGCAAGUUUAUACGUAAUAAUUGUUUGCUAAAUCUUUAGUUUGAUGGAACUGUAGCUUCAAACUAGCCUAAUUUUCCUUUAACAACCGAUGAUCUCUUUUGGAUAUCGUUUCGUGGAUAUUUUUAAAGCAUUUCGACGAUUCGCAAGACCAGUAAUUCUUCCACUAGUUCGUUAAACAACAUAAAAUAAACACAUUGCACAACGUUCAAACCAACGUUGGUCCAUAUGUUUACCGACGAAGAGAAAUAUCUUUGUGAUAGUGCACAAAUUAAGAAAAACUCUGUUUUAUAUGCAACAAUAAACGUUACAUAGUGCAGUUACUUCACUAAGAAAUGAAUGACUAAUAUUUACUCUACCGGACGCUUACUAUUCAAAAGAAGCAACUCCUUUUUAACUAUUGUAGAUAACACAACUUAAUCUGAUUGAUUGAAAAUCGAAGAAGCAGACAAAAAAAUCGCUCAUAAGCGGUAGAACUAGAGACACGUUAACAUAAUCUUGCGGUAACGAAAAGCAACAGGAGAUAACACUUUGAAAAUGCAAAGUGGCACAUGCUGUGAAUCAUUAUUAUUAUCAGUAUCUAAUAAUAUAAUUACACAAUCUAAAAUAUUACUUGAGCCUAAUGAAACAAACGGCUAAAUCGCAACAUUUAUCUUGAAUGAUUGAUGCACCCUAAGAAGUAAGCCCACAAAUUUACACGUCAUGCGAACAGCAGUGAGAAACCGAUCACACUCAAAACAGUAGAACAAGCAUGAUAAGAUACACAAAAGUUCGUAAAGCAGUUACAGGUAAACGUUCGUAAUGAAUUGAGCAUAUGGAAAACAAAUAAUGAAUAUUGACGAGACACAGCCUAUAUCACGAAGCAGUAAAAUAAGUACCACUGAAUGAAACGAAAUACGAGUGUUUCACUGGCGGUUAAGUUUGUGAGGAUGUAAACAAGGGUAAGAGAGAUAACAAAAUGAAAGAAUUAAAACAGA